UACUCGGGCGACCGCUACUACGAGCGGCGGCGUGGGUCGCCGCCUCCGCCCCCGCCGCCGCCGGAGCGGGGCGAGCGCGAGCGCGAGCGGGAGAAGCGGCGCCAGGCGGAGCGCGAGAGCCGGGCGGCGGCCGCAGCAGCCGCGGCUGCCGCCGCAGCCGCCGCCAACGCUUCCCCGCCGGGGCCCCCGCACCGCAAGGAGCCCCUCCCGGAGCCCAAGCGCCGGCCCGCGCGCUCCUCCUCCGAGGAGGAGGAGGACGGAGAAAACCUAGAGAGCAAGUUUGAGAAGCAGACAGCGGAAGCUGCGUCCCGUCAGCGACGGCAGGGUGGCACUAAGGCACCUGUGCUUACCCUUCCCAAGGCGAAGCUGCCCUUCAUUGGCCGCAUGCCCAUCCUGAAGAAGCUGGCCAAGAAGAAGGAAGAUGAGGGCAAAGAGGGGGAUGGCGCAGAAGGCGGCGAGGAACAGCAACAGCUGGUGAUGCAGGCGAAGCUUCAGGAGAUGGAGGACGAGGAAGCAGCAGAGGGUGAGGGCAAGGCAGGUGAGGAGGAAGAGGAUGAUGGGCGAACGGAGGAGGAGCGUGAACGUGAUAGGCUGCGGGAGCGACAGCGCGCUCGCAUGGCGGCACUGAGUGAUGGCGUACCUGGCAUGGAAGACGAGGAGGAAGAGGAAGAGGAUGGCGGCAUGAGCACGAUGCAUCACCGCCCUCCAGCUCCUGUCAAUGCCGAGCCACAGGAUAUGGAAAUCGAUGAAGACGAAGAGGACGCAGGCAUGACUGCUGCCGAAGCCAUGAUGGGUGAUGAGGCUGUAGUAGCAACCAUGUCUUCGCCAAUUGUCGCAAUGGCACCUGCUGUAAUGGCUGGACCCCCUCCCCAGGUGCAGCAGGUCCCUCCUCCGCAGGUUCAACUGCAGAUGCAACAGCCACCGCCUCCUGCGUCUCAGCCCUUUGACGCUGCGGAGUCAGUGACCCCAGCGGCUGGUACACCUGGAGCUCCUGGCUCUCCUAAAAAACCUUCAGACAUCCCACUGCCUAAAGACUUCCAGGAUGCUCUGAAUAUUCUCUUCCCGAGUCAGACUGAGGGUGAAGAUGGGGUAGUAAAACCUCCUGGUGUAGAAAGGGAAUCUUCGAAGACCAUAGACGAUGAUGACUCUCCCAGCAAGCUGGCAGCAGCUGCUGCCAAUGUAGCUUCUGCAGCUGGCAUGUGGGUGGCCCCUCCAGGCAUGCGAAUGCCACCUCCAGGGCAGCUAAUGCAACCUCCGCCUCACAUGACGGGCUAUGCCAUGCCUCCCCCAACCAAUUACCAGAUGAACUAUCCAUCCCAGACCAUGUAUGGACCUCCGCCUCCAGGCAGCAUGAUGCCUCAGAUGACGGCACCACCACCUUACGGAAUGAUGGCUGGCCCGCCGCGCAUGGGCAUGGGGCAGCCUCCGCCAAUGCCCAUGGGCCAACCCCCAAUGCCACCCCCUCCGGGCACGCCAAAUGUAGAAGAAGAAGUGACCAUGACGGCGGAAGAGGAACAGCAGAUCAUGCAGCAGCAAAUGCUUCCUGAGCAUAUAGAGGAAGCCCAGGCACAACAGGAAGAAAUGGAGAGGGAAGCUGCAGCGGCCGCCGCAGCUGCGGCUGCAGCAGCAGCUUCUCAAUCUCCCCCUAGGAAAACAGAGCCUUCUGGCCAGAUGACUGAUGAUGAUUUGGCAAUGUUGGGAAUAGACGCUGAAGACAUGGCUGCGCAAAGCUUUUAAUUUUAAUUUUUUUCUGUGCAGUUGUUAUUAACAUUAUUGGUGAUUAUGAGGGUGUGUAUCAAAGGAUUACAUUGUAGGUUCAAGAGACUUGAAAUAAAUACAUUUAAAAGUGCUCCGCUGUGUGUCUGGGAACUUGGUGCUCUGUAUGUCAAGUCAAUAGAUGAAUGUUUUUCUGAGGAGAGCAAGAUUACCUGAGUGUGAGUUAAGUGACAUGUUUUGUGAAUGGAAAGAUGACAGGUUUUGUGAGUGGAAAGAGAGUUCAGAAUUGAUUGAAAAACCUGGGUCAUUAUGUCAGUGUUACAAAACUUAUUUUGCUGGACACCAUACAUUUUUGAUGUCUUCUUGUUAUGAUUUGUUUAUCUUAUAUGUCUCCAAAUUUGGCAUAAAGUUGGUUCAGACAAAUUUUAAAAUAAUUUGAAUUUCAUUUGAAUUUAAAUAAAUUCGCAUAAUUGUUUUUUAUGGGGAAAAAACUCCUUCAGACACAAUGUAAAAUGAGUUUGAAAUUCAAUGUCAGUAUUUUAUUAGAAAAAUGUACUAGUUUAAUCAUUAAGUUGAUUGAUUGGCAUUGUAAACUAUAAUUCUUAUUAAAAACUGAUACAAACUCUAAUUCCAGUUUAAAUACUUAUAUAUUUAUAUUUCUGUAUUAAAUCUAUAAAUGUUCUUUAACCAUCUGUUCAGUAGACUAAUUCUCAUAAUUGCUUAUGAAAUUCAUUCUGCUAAUACAUGACUAUAUUCCCACAUGUUCUAUUUUAAAGGCAUGGAUUUCAUAUUUCCUACAUUUAUAAAAACACGUCGAUAAAAAUUUGUUGGAAUUAAAUCAUAUUCUGCUUUUAGAGCUGUUGCACUUUCGUGCUAAUGGACAUGUUGGAAAGUCCAGAAUUUCAUUUUGGAAGUCUCAUUUGAAAAAGGAUCAUUUGGCUUAGACUUUAUGAUCAAAGUAACAAUCACAAAAAUGGAUUUUUACUU